GAAAACCUGCAGAAACCGCAGGCAAAUGUUGAUUGUGUGAUAGAGAAGCUUUUUUCUGAAAUCUCUGGCCUUGAGGAUUUCCCCAAACCACUGGAUCCGCAGCUUGAGGAUUGCGCCAUCCAGAUCUGGAACUGGGCAGUAACGAAGCAAGUGGCCACAACCAUUACUCAAGAUCAGAAAGCCAAAGUGCGUCAUGUCGCCUGCGUUCUGCUGUACAGCUGUGAACCUGACCGUCCGACAGAGGGCGCUAUCCGCAAGCAGAUCUUGAUGGCCAGCAAGACAGGGAGAACCUGGCUAGACUGUAAAAAACCACAGCUAGCAGACAAAUUCUUAAGACAAGCUGUCAAGAGCCUGGAAACACUUUAUAGUCAACUAACAUCCAGAGGUGAUGGAGGAGCAGACAUCAACUCAUCCAAAGGAGAUGUGGAGAAGGAUCUGCUUAGAGUUCUGUCUUACCAGGCAGAAUUGGCCAUAUCUCAAGAGAAUCACCAGGAGGCUGUGCUCUAUAUGGAGCGCUGUAAAGACAUGCUGCUGCGGCUACCCAAAGAGACUGGCUACCUCUCUCUGAUUUGCUAUAACUUUGGAGUAGAUACUUACAAUCUGAAAAAAUAUGAGGACAGUUCAUUUUGGUUGAGCCAGAGCUACGACAUUGGGAAAAUGAAUAAGAAAUACUCUGCUGGUGCUGAUGUACAAGCUAAAGUCUUGAGACUCCUCGCCACUGUUUAUUUAGAAUGGGACUGUCAGCAAUUUCAGGAGAAGGCUUUAAAUGCUGUGAGCUUAGCUAACAAGGAAUGCGCAAAUCCCUCUGGGCUGUAUCUGAAGGUUAGAAUUCUGCUGCAAUGUGGGGCGGAAGACGAUCAUAUUAGAGCAGGACUUAACGAGCUGCUUGACUCUGAGAUUCCUCUUGAGGUGUGUCUGAGCACAGUGAAACUACUCAUGUCUGAAGACAGAGAGAACCUGGCAUUUGGCUAUCUGAAACGUGUGUGUCAGCACUUCGACUCAUCCCCUGAAUUGGGCACAGCUCUCAUCUUGCACAUUGAGCUACUGCUGCAGAGAGGCAAAGAGCUCCUGGGCAAACAGAAAAUUGAGGAUAUCAUCACCGGGCACUACACAGGUAAACAGCUGACUACCCAGGCUGUCAACAGUCUACAUCUCCUGCUGUGGGACAAAGCAGGCAAACACUUCGAGGCUAAGAACUACUCAGAGGCUCUGCAGUGGUAUAACUACUCCCUUAGUUUCUACAAGGCAGGUCAGAUGAAGCCAAACCUGGCCAAGCUACAGAGGAACAGAGCUUCCUGCUUCCUACAGUUACAGCAGCUGGUGAAGGCAAAAGAGGCAAUCAAGGAGGCAGAGAGAUGUGAGCCCAACAACAUUUUCACUCAGUUCAGUAUUUACAAGGUUGCUGUCCUGGAGAACAAUGUGGAGAAAGCUGCAGAGGCAGUGACUGCCAUAGGGCUUCUGGCCAGGGAGGCUUUAACCAGUGAGGACAGACUGCUGGUAUCUGAGAAUGCUGCCUCCAGUCUCCUCAGUAUGGCUGCUCAGAUUGCUUUGGAGAAUGAACAGCAGGGCACUGCCAUAAAGGCACUGGAGAGCUUGUGUGAAAAUUCCAAGGAUGAAGCUCAGGUUCUGACUGCUCUCAGGUGUUUGGUUCGACUUGUGCUCUCCACAAUAGAAAAUGUGAGCGAUGAAAAGAGGAAUGCAAACUUGGGUUUUCUUCUGUCAUAUCUGAAAAUGGCUCUGCAGAAAAUUUCACAGCGCAACACUGGAUCUUUGACUGUUGAGCAACGUACAGAAGACGCCAACUGGUUCAGGAAGAUUGCUUGGAACAUGGCUCUGCAGUGUGAGAGCAGUCCUGACAGAAUGAGGGAUUUCUUUGUGCUCUCUUACCAGCUGUCCCAGCUGUGCCCUCCCGACCGUUUGGUGCUUAUGUGCCAGAGGACAUGUCUUCUUAUGGCUGCUGCUGCUUCUCUGGAGCUCAGCAGGAAGUCUCUCCACUCUGCCCAGGCUGAGGAAUUGACACAGGCCCUGGAGCACAUUCAGAUAUGUUGGGAGGUCAGCAAGACCCUGGAAGCUUCGGGGAAUAUAUCCAUGGAUACAACAGACACAUUGCUACUCUUGUAUGAGUUUGAGGCUCGUGCUAAGCUCAACGAUCCCAAGGUUGAGACAGUGUUGGAGUCUGUCCUGGAGCUUGAAAAUGCAGAAGCCAAAGUGUUGGAGACCAUUGCAGCCUUAGCCAUGGAGCCUCCUGCCCACUUUCCCCUUUUGUGUAAGAAGGCCUUGAGGAUCGCUCUGUCUCUUCUCAAGAAAAAACCCCAGGUUGACCUGAUCCGCUGCAGCCAGUAUGUCCACAGCCUGAUCCAGCUGUCCCUCCCCACUGGUGUGUCAGAGGUGGAGGCCCGUGUGCUAUUGGAGGUGUGGGGCUAUUAUGAAGAAGCCCUGUCCAUCAUAGCAGCCGCACCUGAGGACUUCUCAGAGAUAGAGACCCUGUGGCUGCUGACUCGAGCUUGGAACACAGGCAUCUUGCUGUACAGUCUGGCUCAGUAUUCUGAGGCUGAGAAGUGGUGUGGCCUGGGCAUGAGCUUCCUGCGCCACCUGGGCUCCCUGCAGGAGAGUUACCAGACAAAGAUGUCAAGUCUCUACAGUGAAGUCUUAGACAGGCUGGAUAAAGCCAAGAAGAACCUCACCAUGGAAGAAUGA